GUUAGGCACUUCCUGUCUAAAAGAUUUAAGAACUGCAGAAUGCACCUAAGAGGUCUUGAUUACGUUUAAUGCGUUUUAAUUACGCUUUCAAUCCUUUGUUUUAGAGGCUAGACCAACAAUGUCUAAGCCAGGCAGUGACCACUCUCCACAUAAGGCUGGAAGUCACAAGGUAGAGCCGAUCCAGAUAUUGUCAGCAAGCAAAUCAGAAGAUGUCACAGCUGCAGAAAUUCUAGAACAGAUCUUCCCACGAGAAGAAUUGUCAGCGGAAGCAAGUGCUGAUGCCGCACAGAAAGCAGUGAGUGUGUUGACUCUACCAGAUCACCUAGAGCAAUGGAUGGAGGAUGAAUCUCGCUGUAAAAAUGUGCCAGAUGUUGCGAGUCAACCAUCGGGUAUUUUGGGUCCGUCUGACUGCAUAUACCAGUUUGACAUUCGUACCAAUGUUGGCACGCUUAUUGUGGAUCAGGAUAGACUUGGGUUAUGCAGCCAGGGCAACUUCAGUAGCAUGAGGGCAAACUGCUGUGUCUACAAAGGCAAGUGGAUGUUUGAAGUGAUGCUGGGAUCAAAAGGUGUUAUGCAGGUCGGCUGGUGUACAGUCAGGUGUAAAUUCUCCCUUGAGGAGGGCGUUGGUGAUACACCAGACUCAUAUUCGUACGACGGCAACAGGCAGCGGAAAUGGAACAAAACUACUCAAAAAUAUGGAGAGAUGUGGUGCACUGGGGAUGUAAUAACAUGCACUAUCGACUGUGAUGAGGGAAAGAUUGCGUUUUAUCGAAAUGGUAAAAGCCUUGGUGAAGCUUUCUCCAGCCUGAGGCUAGGCACAGGAUUUGCAUAUUUCCCGGCAGUGAGUUUGUCUCAUGGCGAAAAUCUACGGGCUAACUUCGGAGCUACACCACUCAAAUACCCUUUGGAAGGAUUUUCUCCACUCCAGACUGCUCCGACAGGAGAAGUUAUCAAAACCAACCUGCUGUUAGAAUACCUUGAAAAACUGCUGUAUAUGGAUCUAGAAAACGACCCGGUUGCUGAACUGGCUGGGGGUAAGGUUGCCAUGGAAACUAAGCCACCACCACUUGCCGCAAAAAGAAGCAAGAAGACGUCUUUGAUGUUGAUUGUCUCCCAAGUGUUUGAGAAACUAGCUCAUUUUCUGAAAAGCUCAUAUGUGAUAGAAGAGUGCUUGGUCAAACUGCUGUUACAGUUAAACGAUUUGGAUAUCAUUCAUGGGCAAAAUCCUCGAAUAUUGCGGCUAUUGGACUACAUGUGGGCAUUUAUGCAGGGAUUUGAGCUGAAAUAUUGCCUGGAAAGUUUAAUGCUGUCCCUACUGUCUGGCUAUAGAUUUGCUCCCUCAUCAACUGAUUUCAAGCAGCAGCGAGAAUACCUCACUGUUGUUCUGGCCAUAAUGAACCACCAGACUACAAGAAGAUAUUUACUUGAACACUUGGAGUUAUUUGAAAAGCUGAAGUUUCCUAUGUUUCUACAUAUCAAGCCGUUAGACGACAAAGGUUUGGAGGAGAUCGCCCCCCAAGUGUGGUGGGAUAUGAAUGUACAGGAUGAAGAUGAUGUGGAAAACUCUGCCGAUCCAGAAGAUGAAAAGAGAAAGGAAAAAUAUCUACACUCCUGUGAAACACUGAGGCAAAAAACUGAAGAAAUAGAGCGACUUCAAAUUGAGAUAUUGAAAGUUCUUCUCUGCCAUGGUGAUUUAUCAGAGGGCAAAACAUCAAGGCUCUUAUUUCUUGAAAUGCUGAGAAAAUUUAUCCGAGAAAACAGAACAGUGGCGUUGACGAUCUGGCCUCUUCCUGUGGCAUUGUGUUUCUUUCAUCGACUGGUCCGUGUUCUACGCUACUACUGGGAUACCUUCCAAGAAGAAGAUCCGGCUAGAUUUGUGCUUAGCGAAGAUGCCUUUAUGCCCAUUCAAGAGUUUUGGUCUGACAGUCGGGAAUACUGGGAUCUUCAAAGAUGCGGAGGAUCCAUGGGACAUUUGAAUCGGAUUCUUGGAGCGGAAGUGAACAAGGCCCAGGGAUUGGAACUGAGCGAUGAUGGACAGGUCAAGGAACUGAACAAACCCAAAACAGAGAGUGAGUACCCUCCAACGGAGAUGCCUAGCGGGAACACGCUCAUGGAGAUGCUGGACGGGGUCAUGCUUCUGUACAAUGUAGCAGCUCAUAAACAACUAAGCAAGAUGAAUGUUCUGAAAGAGAAUAUACAAGAGUUUAUCCAGUCCUACAAAGAUACUAUGAAGAAGUUGGACUCUUGCCCUAUUGAGAUGACUGAAGUCCGUGAUGAGCUAGUUCGAGCCAAGACGGUGUUUAUCGAGAAAAUCACAGAACAGGCUCGACAGAUCUGCUGGAUAAGAGCGGUCGUGUAUUCCCAGCAAAAACAAAAGGACUUAGCGUGGCUGCUGAAAACAAGCAUGAGAACUGUGAAAAAAGCAUCGCAAUACAAGCUUCUGUUCCAGUACAUGCCGGAGUUCUACCUGGAGAUCGUCAUCCAUACCCACAUGGCCUUGAAGAACUACUUUCAGACAUACGUCUGCUUUGAGACAUUAGAUGAUUACAACGAAAUCAUGUCAAGUUUUGCAAUGUUUCUCGUGAAACACUUCUCAGAUUCAAGAAUUGUCAUCGUGGAUACCAGGGACACUAUUAUCCAGGCAUUGGCAUGUUUUACAUGUUAUGAGAAGUCUCUCAAAAUUUUGGAAUCUCUGCCAGUAGAUGUUUGUACCCAGAUGUUACGACACUUGAUUGCUCCAUAUGAAAGCAGGUCCUGGGCACAAACAAACUGGAUCCUUGUCAGAAUUUGGAAGGGCUGUGGAUUUGGAUUUCGUUACACACACUUACCCCACCUUGUGCCGUCCAAAGUACAGCUUACGGAGUUUGGAUCUGCAAGCUUACAGAAGCCAUGCCCUUCACCAAAGUUCCAGAGUCUUCUAGCGGAUUUGCUGCACUCAGAACCUGAUUUGGCUACAAGGUUUAUCGACACACUACUCAAUCAGCUCAACUGGUCGUUCUCGGAGUUUAUUGGCAUUAUGCAGGAGAUACAACAAGUGCUUUCUCGAAUGGAACGCAAGAUUUUCCUCGAGAGCCGUCAACUUAAGAUCUGUGGAACGUGUUUCGAGAUUUCCGUCUGUUUGUUCCGAGUCGUUGAGAUGGUUGUUGCCAUAGCGCCCACUCUCUUCACUGAUUGGUCGAAACCUUCUGCUGAACUUUUGCUGCACAGGCUAAUUCAGUUGACCUGCCUAGUUUUGUCCCGAAUUACGCAGAAAAAUGGCAUGUUCGACAGCAUUGUCUCACUCUACAUUACUGGUCUGGAAAGUGUUACCCACUAUCCCAUGUUGUCCGUGGUCGCUGGCAUUCUCACAACCUUGAUCAGCAAGUCAGAUUCUGACUGCCAAAAGCUUGUCACCAAACUUCUUCUAUCUGAUGCUGGUUUUCAACUGAGCGCCAUUGAGUUCAUGCUGGGUAACCAUGGUGAUGAUAAGGAGCAAGAAGCAGGGGCAACUGCGUCACCAAAGAAAAGCAAGGAAAAGCCAUUUGACUUCAGGAAUUUCCAAGAAGUUUCGGGGGAGGAGAUAGCCCACAUUGAAUUGCUACUCUCACACCUCAGUGAGAGCCAAAAGACAUUCGUUCAUCUGGUCAGCGAGAUUCACGAAGAUGAUCUAUGUCAAAUAUGUUAUGCCAACAAAAACUCCACAGUGUUCAAGCCAUGUGGUCAUCACUCAUGCAGGUCUUGCAUAGAUCACCAGCUGCUGAACAAGAAGGAGUGUUUCUUCUGUAAAUCAGUGGUCAACUCUAUUGAAGCUCUGCCUACUUCCUGAUGAUGAGCUCAAUUAGUCAAAAAAUUAUAUAUAUUUUAGUAGAAUUAUGUACAUGUAUCUUUUAUUAAGAUGUCAGUGUUUCGAAUAUAAAAUAUAGGGCAAGGGUGGUCUAAGGACAUCAGUGUCUGUGUUUCUCACUCAGUGGUUGAGUGUAGUUACCCAGGGUAUUUUUUCUGACCAAUUUGGGGCUGAAGUUGACCCAUUCCCAAUGCUAACAAAUAUUAAAAAAAUCAGGAAUGUGCAAAAUUGAAAUUACAAAUUCUGUCUUGAAAAAAAUAAAAUAUAUGAAUUUGUAAUAUAUUUUGAAAUAUAAAAUAUAUUCCUUGCUACUUAUUGCAUGGUUAGAGGUUUGCCGACUGGUUACCAUUCGGAUAUGAUGAUGACUAGCGAGAAAAAAACCCUGUAAGGCCAAUAUAGAUUAAAUGCUAGAUUUUUAACUGCCCCAGUCGGUAACAUGUUAUUUUUAUUAGAUAACUGUUUAUAUCAACACCAGCUGGUAUGAAUAAACACUGUUCCCGGACAGUACCGGACCCAUACACAAAUACAGACCACAGUUCAGCAUUUUUAUUUGAAUCAAUAAAACUUAGGAGCAGUGGAAAAAAAGGAGGUGGGUGGGGAUAAAAAAUAUAGCAAUUAAUUUAUUGUCACUAAUAUUCUACAACUUGUGUUACACAGUACCUUGCCUUUUAUCAACAUUAUAGUGUUGUUUUAUGGUUGUUAUUAAUCAUUUAUCAAUGUUUGAUAACCUUUUCAAAGUAUAUACAUGUAGACCCCAGAUGUGUUUUAAUAUUUUAUCUGUUUGUGAUGAUUUUAUGUAUGUUUUGUAUCGCAGAACUUUUGGCCUGAAGUCUUUAAUUGGGCAUUACAAGACUUAAUUCACAUACAGUCGAAAUCUGUUGGCUGGAUGUCUCUUGGCUGUGUGUAGGUUAUAGUUCACUUUAUUCUUAGUCCAUCAUUGACAUUUUGGUUCAUAUAUUUAGGGAAGGAAAAGGGUUCAGUUAUUGUUAUAGCCAUGGUGUCGUUAUUACCUUUAGCAUGCAAAAACUUUAACUUGGCCAUAAUUAGAAGCUGCUCAAGAUAUUCAAUGAAACUUAGUUAAUAUGUUGUCAACGGCAAUGGGCCAUCUUCUCAACAAGAAAAAAAUGAUAAAUUUCGGAGACAGAUGGUGGUAGUGGUAUAGGUGUCUGCCUCUCAUCCAAGUGGUUGUGGGUUUGAUCCCCACCAGGGGUACCUUCUCAUACCCUCUUAAAAUAGACACCAGUACCAGUUUCUACCUAGGAAACAGACUCGAGUCUGAUUCUCUAAGUUCAUUAUCAGCUUUCGUCACAAUUGAGCUAAAAAAAAUAAGAGUUUAAUUUGCCUAAGCUAAGUUUCGAAAAAGAUCGUGUGACUACUCAGAAAUAUCAAUUUAAAAAAGCGAUCCAACAAUAAGUGCAUUUAAUAGGAUGGUCCCUUUUUGCAUAUGAACGAUAGCAAGAGGUCCAACUAGCUUCAGUAUUUGAUGAAUUGUUCCCCUCGAUUGACUAAAAAAGAAAUAGAAAAAUUAAGUGUUCAUGUUCUGUUUUUUCCAAAUUGUGGAUUGUGGCUUUAGUCCAAUCAUUCUGUGAUGCAGCACAUAGGGUUCUUAUUGUUUUCCGUUGACAGUGAUGUUCUGUGCCAAAUAUAUUGUAAUAGUUCUUAUAUGUUUAAUUUGAAAGAUAAGUUGUACAUUUUCUUUAAAUAUACCACGUAAAUGUGUUUCCCUGUUUCUCCUUUGUUAGUUAUACAUGAAAGUUGAUGUGUAAAUUAUCUUGUUGAAUUCAAUAAAACAAUUUUAAGCUUA